AUGGCGACCGCCUCUUCUCCCUUAGCGGCGACAGCUCCACCUGAAACAUCAACAGGCAGCAACGUAUUGAAAACCGGAUUUCUCAGAAGUGAGAAUAAAAUCAUAGAGGAGAUUGUCAACGUGCUCACAAAACCUACUAAAUAUGGAAUCUCCGACAAGGACAUGUUCACCGUGUUCAACAGCUCGUCAUCCAUGCUUGACAAUAUUGUGAACGGCCCAAAAAUGACCACCACGCCGUUUUCUGUGGGUACAGGAGGACAGACUAUCUCCACAAAAAUGGUGGACUUCCAAAAUCUCGUGGCCCUGGGACAGCAACUCGCAGAUAAGCGCAAAGUCAUUAAUAUUGAGAGCCCAGAGGCGGUGAGGGACUCGCUAGAUACCGUCAAGUCGGUGUACAGAACUCUCAGCUCGCAUGUCUACAUCAAUCACGUCAAGACACCUGCAGCUACUGCCGCUGUCACUGCUGCUGCCGCGUCUAGCAAUGAAGGCCAAAGCAGUUGGUGGAAUAUGAUAUACCCAUCCAAGGUCCAAUCCAAGACGUUGGACCCUAAAACCCCACUCGGCGCAGACUCAGUGGCCGAUCGAGAGCACCACAGUAUUCCUUCAAGUACCAAUCCUCUAGAAAGCCAUGACUAUUUCCCCGAUUUGAGGCUCGUGUUGAAAAAUGUUCUGAUACUCUUCAUAAGCUUUUUCAAGCGUUACGACGAACUCGCAAUUAAGGUUGUUCCCCUAGGAAGCCUGGAGCAGGAACUGAUGAGAAAUCUGAAAGACCUGAUGCUUUUGCUAAACGUCAGUAUUCUCAACAAGCUAAUAGAAAUAUUCAAAAUGCUUAACCCCAACAUUAAAUUGAAGGCAGAACAGGAUAUUUUCAUUGUUCUUGCGCCUUAA